AAAGUCGUCAGAAGGUAUGAACACGAUCAGCGUUCGUUCACACAGGGGUUAGAGUUCGAUGGCGAGGACACAAUGCUGGAAGGGACAGGACUCUAUGGAAAAUCUCUGCUUCGACGACUACGCUACAAGGACAGCAAGGUGCUUCAAGAAACUGCCCUGGAUGAGGAUCUAUUCGGAGAAGGGAUCACGGUCUAUCAGGAUUUUAUCGUUCAGUUGACAUGGAAGGAGAAUGUUGCGCUCGUCUACGACAAGAACUCUUUAGAGCGGAAAGGAUCGUUUACCUAUCCCUACGAAGGAUGGGGAGCCGUCACAAUGGGUGACUCGUUGAUUACGACAGAUGGGACCAACGUUUUAAGUGACUUGGCAAGCACAGGUGUGGCGGUGAGGAUUGCGAUCCGGCUGAACGAGCUAGAGAAUGUGGAGGGAGAACUUUGGGCAAACUUGUGGCCGACAGAGACAAUCAUAAGAAUUGAUCCGAAGUCAGGAAGAAUCUUGGGCUGGGUUGACCUCCGCGGACUUCGACGCGAGUGUGAGAAGAUCGCUGGCCCAAUGAAACAGCUUGACGUUCUCAACGGUAUCGCCUUCCACAAGGGCUCGCAAGGGCGCAAGCUUAUCGUCACAGGCAAGUGGUGGCCGCGCAGUUUUGAAAUC